AUGAAUGAUGCAUACCAGGCCUCAAGAAAUGAAUUUGAUCCAAUGUACUAUCUAAUUGGAUUUGGAAUCUUUGUGCUUUUAUAUCUAGUUAUCAACAAAGAUAAAAAGAAGCCAGCUAAAGAGCCUGAAUUAGAUCCAAGGAAAAAUCUAAUGUCUAAAGAAGAAUUGAGAUAGUUUGAUGGGAAUGGACCUACAAAAUAGAUUUAUAUAGCUUGCAAUGAAUUGAUCUUUGAUGUUACUGGAUCUGAUUUUUACGAGCCAGGUGGUGAUUAUGCUAAAUUUGCUGGUAGAGAUUUAACUAUGGCAGCAGCAAAUUAUUCUACAGAUGAUAAGUAUCUUGAUAUGGAUUAUUCCCCAGAAAUGCUUCUCCCAGUCAAUCAAGAGUAAAAUAUUCAAGGCUUCUUCAUAAACUUCUGUCAGAAGUACAGAAUAGUAGGAAAAUUAGUAAUUAAUAGAAAAGAGCAGUGA